AUGAGGCUCUACAUCACGGCGGCGGCCGCCGACGACGACGUGACGAAGCCGAAGGCGCCGCCGCAGCAGCAGGCGGCGCGGCGAGGCUACCGUUCCGUUGUGGUCACGGGGCUCCUGGCCGGCGUGCUCCUCUUCCGCGCGGCGCUCCUCGCCAUCGAGACCGGCGCCUCGCUCUGCCCUUCCGCCACCGGCUGCUCGGACUGGAGGGCGGGGCUCGGGCGCUGGCUCUACGGCGGCGGCGGCGACGCGGCGGAGGAAUUCAUGAAAGAGUGGAAGAGAAGCCACAGGGUGGCUACCCUGUUGGACCCCGUGGUGGUGGAAGCGGCACCGGAUUCCUUGGACGAUCUCAUGGUGGAGAUGGACACCAUUCUGGCGUCCUAUGAUCGGCUUGACAUGGAAGCCGUGGUCGUGAAGAUAAUGGCCAUGCUGCUAAAGAUGGAUCGGAAGGUCAAGUCGUCGAGAAUCCGAACUCUGUUCAACCGGCACCUGGCCUCGCUCGGCAUCCCCAAGAGCAUGCACUGCCUGGCGCUGCGGCUGGCCGAGGAGUUCGCGGUGAACUCCGCGGCCCGCUCCCCGGUACCGUUGCCGCAGUACGCCCCUCGCCUCACCGACGCCUCUCGCAUCCACGUCUGCCUCGUCACCGACAACGUUCUUGCGGCCGCCGUGGCCGUGGCGUCCGCCGUCAGGAGCUCGGCCGGCCCGUCGAGGCUCGUGUUCCACGUCGUCACCGACAAGAAGAGCUACGUCCCGAUGCACUCGUGGUUCGCGCUGCACCCGGUCGCUCCGGCGGUCGUCGAGGUCAAGGGCCUCCACCAGUUCGACUGGCGCGACGGCGAUGCCAUCGCCUCUGUCAUGAGGACCAUCGACGAGGUCCAGAAGAGCUCGCUGGAUUACCACCAGCUGUGUGAUGGAUCGGUGGAGAGGGAGUACAGAAGGCUCGAAGCCACCAAGCCAAGCACGUUUUCGAUCCUCAACUAUCUCAAAAUCCAUCUCCCAGAGUUCUUCCCGGAGCUCCCGAGGGUGAUACUGCUCGACGACGACGUCGUGGUGCGCAAGGAUCUGGCCGGGCUGUGGGAGCAGGACCUGGACGGGAACAUCAUGGGCGCGGUCGGCGCGCACCGGCCCGGCGCAGACGGUGGAAUCUGCAUCGAGAGGACUCUCAGCGAGCACCUCAACUUCUCUGACCCUGCAGUGUCGUCGCUAGGCCUCGACGGUUCGCAUUGCACGUGGUCUUGGGGCGCCAGCAUCGUCGACCUCGACGCUUGGCGAGGAGCAAACGUUACCGAGGCGUAUCAGUCAUGGCUGCAAAAGAACCGCGAAUCGGGGUUCAGGCUGUGGAAGAUAGGGUCGCUGCCGCCGGCUCUGAUAGCGUUCGACGGCCGGGUGCGGGCGAUCGAGCCGCUGUGGCACCUGCCGGACCUGGGCCGGCGCAUGCCCGACGCCGAGCUGCUGCAGCUCUCCGCCGUCCUGCAUUUCAGCGGGCCGCGGAAGCCGUGGCUGGAGGUGGCGUUCCCGGAGCUGCGGGAGCUGUGGCUCGGGCACUUGAAUAACUCGGACAGCUUCCUACGAGGCUGUGGCGUAGUGGAAUGA